UUAGAUUUGGUGGCACAUCAAUUCAAUAUCCAUUUAUUGAUAAAUCACAAAGCAACAGUCAAAAUUUUAUGUCUCCACCCAAUAACAUGAUUUUAAAUAACUUAAACGGAAAAAAAAAAAUUAAUAAAGUAGUGCUAAGCAUUCUCCCAUCUUAGCUGCCCAAUUCUCCAAUUGCACGUGCCACAACGGACGUGAAUGUCGCCGUCAGAGAAUUUAUCUCCGAACCAGGCCUAUCAAAACCCACACAAACCUUAUCCCAGUAACAAAAGUAUGCGUUCUGUGUUAGUAGAGAGGGUUUUAGACAAAGAAGCUUUACCGUUAUCAGCGAAAGAACUGAACCAUGGCGGCCCUGAGCUGCCAUUUUCAUUGUGCUAUCCAACAACUUCCUCGCAAUGCCAGAGUUAGACCUUCCUUCACUUGCUCAGUGCGACCUUCUCAAAACAAUAUUAAGGUUGUUGUAAAUGGAGCAGCAAAGGAAAUAGGACGGGCUGCAGUAGUUGCUGUGACGAAAGCUAGAGGAAUGGAGGUUGCGGGGGCGGUGGAUUCCUAUUUUAUAGGAGAAGAUAUAGGAAAGGUGUGUGAUAUGGAAGAGCCUCUAGAAAUCCCCAUAAUGAAUGAUCUCACUAUGGUAUUAGGUUCGAUAUCUCAGUCCAAAGAGACAGGCGUUGUUGUCGAUUUUACUGAGCCUUCAGCAGUUUACGACAAUGUGAAACAGGCAACAGCAUUUGGCCUGAAAAGUGUGGUUUAUGUGCCUCGAAUUAAGCUUGACACAAUAUCAGCAUUAUCUGCAUUCUGUGAGAAAGCCAGCAUGGGUUGCCUAGUUGCACCAACUCUGUCCAUAGGAUCUAUUCUCCUCCAGCAAGCUGCCAUUUCAGCUUCCUUCCACUACAAUAAUGCAGAAAUUGUCGAAUCAAGAGCACAUGCAACAGAUCUUCCCUCACCAGAUGCCGUCCAGAUUGCCAACAACCUAUCUAACCUUGGUCAGAUCUACAACAGAGAAGACAUUGCAACUGAUGUUUUGGCAAGGGGCCAAUUACUGGGUGAAGAUGGGGUGCGUGUUCAUAGCAUGGUCCUUCCUGGGCUUCCAUCUAGUACAACAGUUUACUUCUCAGGCCCAGGAGAGGUUUACACCAUCAAACAUGAUAUCACAGAUGUGCAGUGCCUCAUGCCAGGCCUGCUCUUGGCUAUUAGAAAGGUUGUUCGACUCAAGCAUCUGGUGUAUGGCCUGGAGAAAUUUCUGUAGGAUCCCAUUAUUCUUCAUUUUUCCUUGGUGUAUAAGUCAGAUCUUGGAAAAUCCAGUGGAGAAUCAUUUUCAUCCUGCAGACCAAUAUUUUCAAAAAGAAUAGAUGUCAUUCUUCCAGCAGAGACAUCUACAGAGGAAGAUUGCAUUAAAAUGGAGGAAAAGCAAAAAUAUUUAUGCAUUUACUUUUCUUUGAGACAAAAUCGUUGUAAUUUGAUCAAAUAUGUAAGAGACUUCAAAAUUGAGGCAUGAAAGCAGUUUAGUCAAGGUACCAUA